AUGCUGCCCCUUCCCAACCCGUCCCUGGAGAAUCCAAGGCAAACGCGGACACAGCGGGAGGAGUCAGGCGGGGAGGACGGAGAGGGCCUGGAGGACCUGGAGCCUGAGCAGGGUGCGAUGAGAGGGGAGGGCGCCCGGCUCCGCCAAACGCUGCCGUGUCCGAGCAGCGCCGGGGCUGGCAGCCCCCGCGGGGGCUGCCCUGGCAGAGGGGGCCUGAGCGCAGGCGUCACCCUUGCGGCUUUUCCUUUCCUUCCAGGGAAGCACGAGGAGAAGCAGGAUGAGCACGGCUUCAUCUCCAGGUGCUUCACCCGCAAAUACACGGCCGGCAGGCUCCCCGGGGAGGCCCCCCUGCCCAGGCCCGCCAUCCAGUCGGCCGAAAUCACCAUCCCCGUCACCAUCGAGAGCCAAGGCAAGAAGGCGGAGGAGCCCGCCAAGAAGUAGCCGGCCCCGAGGAGGAGGGAGAGAAACCGCCGCCGCUGCUGCCCUGCUCAGAACAGCUCCUCACGCCACCCCCGCUUCGAUCCCUGUUUUUAUUCCUUAUUUUGUACUCACCCCAUCACUGAGUGUCUUGAAUAAAUGGGAAGAAAAAUGUAGAA